AUGGAGGAAACGGGUUUCAUCCCCCAACCGGGCGGCUACGAAGAAGACCCGGCCCCCAUCACCACCCUCUCCGACAUGUCCGACAACAAGGACCUGGACUCGGAGUUCGAGGAGCUGGUCGUGGACGCCAAAUCCGCGCAGAACAGCGCCAACAUAAACACUAAUGAGCCCAAGGAGGACUUUUUCCUCGCCGUGAACCAAAGCCCUAAAAGAACUGUCGCCAACCUGGCCUCCAAACCUCUGGGGUCCAUCUCCCCCAUCCUCAACCGCAAGUUCAACCUGUCGGGGUUGCAGUCGCCGCUAAAGACGCAGCCCAAAGAGACCCCGAAACCCUCGCCGAUGAAGACCGGGGAAGACCUGCAGCGGCCCAGUGUGCCCCCCCCUCCGCCCCCCCCAUCCCGGCCCCCCGUGCCCCCGAGGCCCCAAAUCCGUCUGACGUCGGCGUCCUCGGAAACCAGCCUCCUGGAAAGCGCCGACCCCCCCGUUCCCGUUCCGACGCCGGCCGAAAAGUCUCCCGAAAAGCUCCCGGUCAACGCGGUCGCCGAGGAGAAAGCGGCCCCAAAACCCACGGAGGCCAAACCGGACGCCAAGUUGGACGCCAAGCUCGACGAGGCCCCGGAGGGCGCGGGCGGCGCUGGGCGGGAUUCCCUGGACGAGCGCACCGUCUCCUGGGAGUCCCCGGAGACGGCGUUCCGGGCCAAAAGCGGGCGCUGGCCGCGGAACACGGCGGCGGCGGUUCUGGAGGUGGAGGCGCCGCACCGAUUCCUCAACGCCGCGCUGUGGUGCAAGGACCCCUUCAGGCCCGGCGCGCUGCUGUGCCUGGGCCACGCCAGCCUGCGCCUGGAGCACCUGGCCCUGGAGUGCAUGGCCACCUCCUCCGCCGAGUACCAGGGCACCUUCCGGCUGCGCCCGCCCGAGCCGCGCGCUAGCGUUAGCCGCACGGCGCUGCGCGGGCUCAGCUCGCACAAGGGCUUCAACGAGAAACUGUGCUACGGCGAUUUGACGCUGCAUUUCUGCUACCCGGCCGAGCCCGGGGAGCCCGACAACUGGCCGGGGCCUUUCGGGCGCGAGCGUGCGGGCAGCCUGAUGGACGACGAGGAGCGGGAGAGGGAGAGGGAGUCGGCGCCGUCCGCCGUCGCCGCGGCGACGCGCGACGAGCUAGCGUACGGCGCGCUGCACCUGAGCGAGGUGCGCCACAACUUCCAGGACACGCAGUUCCAGAACCCCACCUGGUGCGAGUACUGCAAGAAGAAGGUGUGGACCAAGGCGGCGUCCCAGUGCAUGGUGUGCAGCUACGUGUGCCACAAGAAGUGCCAGGACAAGUGCCUCGCCGAGAGCCCGCUCUGCGCGCUCGCCGCCGCCGCCGCCGCCGAGCGCCGCGGCGCCGACCCCGAGGCCAACAAGUCGGCCGUCAACCGCGCCACGGGCCUCACGCGCCACAUCAUCAACACCAGCUCCCGCCUGCUCAACCUGCGCCAGGCGCAGCGCGCGCGGCUGGCCGAGCAGGUGCAGGAAGUGGGCGGGGCCGGCGCCGCGGGGGCGGAGCCAUCGCCGAAACACACGCCCAACACAUCGGACAACGAGAGCAGCGACACGGAGACCUACGCCGCCGGCGCUAGCCCCUCCAAGGCGGCGACGACGGCGGCGGCGGCUAGCGGAAAGCUAAUGCGCAAAGAUGGCGGUCUGGACGACAGCGUGUUCAUCGCGGUGAAGGAGAUCGGGCGCGAUCUCUACCGCGGGCUGCCCACCGACGAGCGCUCGCAGAAGCUGGAGCUGAUGCUGGACAAGCUGCAGCAGGAGAUCGACCAGGAGCUGGAGCACAACAACGCGCUGCUGGCCGAGGAGCGGCAGGCGGGCGACGGGCGCCGCCGCGCGCUGACCGCCGCCGCCCUCGCCAAGUCCGGCGAGCGCCUCCAGGCGCUCACCCUGCUCACCAUCCACUACCGGGCGGGCAUCGAGGACCUGGAGUCCGUGGAGAGCACGUCCCCGUCGGAGCCGAAGGGGAAGGAGGGGCUAGAGGAGGAGGGGGUGGGGGGGGGGACGCUGGGGGCGGAGCCAUACGACGGGGACCUGUGCAGCCCCGGGGGGGAGGGGCUGGAUGACAUCACCGAGGAGCAGAUCUGCGUGGAGGCGCUGCACUAG